AGUAAUCGCUGUCUGCCACUAGAGUGCACUGGUGUUGUAAGCUCACUGCCCACUAGUGAUCUCUGCAUCCUGUCUGCUUGUGGCUUGUUUGUGUGCGUGGAAGUGGAGGGACGUGUGUUCAGGUCCUUGGAAGAAAGAACCUGAACACCUUUAACUGCAGUUAGUUAAAAGCUGCUAUUUGGAGAAAAUGUCUACUGGCUGCCAGGCUAGCGGGGCUACCGCCAUUCCUUCGACGAGGAGGGUGACCAUCCACGAUGCCGAGCACAUGCCCCUCGACUACUCCACGACACCCGGGGGGACCCUCUUCAGCACCACCCCCGGUGGUACCAGGAUUGUCUACGACCGAAAAUUCCUGCUGGGCUGUCGUAGCUCUCCAGCGGCCAAGACUCCUCCACGGGGCCUUCCAGACAUUCCUGGUGUGACGAGUCCUCCCUCCACAGAAACCAAUGACAAGAAGGCUAGUGAUGAAAAGCUAGUGAACAACAAUACGGGUGCAGCUGCAAGCAACAUCACUGGUGAUGAUGCACAGUUUGAAAUGGACAUCUGAGCGCUGCUGAAGCAGAGCCAACUUGCCAACACGAUGCUGUGAAGAAAGGCUCAGGGGCGCCAUCUUGUCCAAUCAGCUGUUACAUCAAGGCACUUUACAAUCUAUUUAGGCUCCUGCCUUGUUUUUUGGCCCUUAAGAAAACAUCUUGUGUGAUAAGUGUGCCUUUAUACGACGGUGUCAAGUUGAAAACUGAUACUUUUUAUGAUCAUUAUUAUUAAUUAUGACCUAUUCUGAGAUCUGAAUUCUAGCCAGCAUUCCAGAAGAAUUAUUCCCACCAUGUGCAUUUUCGGACGCUGCCUUGAAAAAGUCCAAGAUACUGUAAUCGUUGUGACUUAUAAGCUUUGAGUCACAGUUUGCAAUGUGACACAAUUAAAGAAAAUGCAAUGAAAUCAAA